CCUCAAUCCACAGGAGAGAAACCCUAUAAAUGUAUGGAGUGUGGGAAAGCCUUUACUCAUAGCAGGGAACUUACUCUCCACGAAAAGCUCCACACAGGAGGGAAACCAUAUAAAUGCAUGGAGCGUGGAAAGACCUUUGCUCAGAGCAGUGGACUUACUAUGCACAAAAAGAUCCACACAGGGGAAAAGCUAUUUAAAUGCAUGGAGUGCGGAGAAACCUUUACUCAAAAAAGUAGUCUUAUUUCCCAUCAGGUGAUCCACACAGGGAAGAAACCGUAUGAAUGCAUGGAGUAUGGGAAAACCUUUGGUCAACAUUGUUAUCUUAUUUCCCAUCAGAUGAUCCACACAGGGGAGAAGCCAUAUAAAUGCAUGGAGUGUGGAAAGACCUUUGCUCAACGCAGGUAUCUUGCUUCCCAUAAGAUGAUCCACACAGGGGAAAAACCAUUUACAUGCAUGGAGUGUGGAAAGACCUUUGCUCAAAGACGUAAUCUUAUUUCCCAUAAGAUGAUCCAUACAGGGGAGAAGCCAUUUAAAUGCAUGGAGUGUGGAAAGACCUUUGCUCAACGCAGUUAUCUUGCUUCCCAUGAAAGGAUCCACUCAGAAGAGAAACCAUUUAAAUGCAUGGAGUGUGGAAAGAUGUUUACUAAGAGUAGUGCUCUUAUUUCCCAUAAGAUGAUCCACACAGGGGAGAAAUCCUUUAAAUGCAUGGAGUGUGGAAAGACCUUUAACAGUGCUCUUAUUUCCCAUAAAAUGAUCCACACAGGAGAGAAACCAUUUAAAUGCAUGGAGUGUGGAAAGACCUUUGCUCAAAGAAGUAAUCUUAUUUCCCAUAAGAUGAUCCAUACAGGGGAGAAGCCAUUUAAAUGCAUGGAGUGUGGAAAGACCUUUGCUCAACGCAGUUACCUUGCUUCCCAUAAAAGGAUCCACUCAGAAGAGAAACCAUUUAAAUGCAUGGAGUGUGGAAAGACCUUUGCUCAAAGAAGUAAUCUUAUUUCCCAUAAGAUGAUCCACACAGGGGAGAAACCCUUUAAAUGCAUGGAGUGUGGAAAGACCUUUGCUCAACGCAGUUACCUUGCUUCCCAUAAAAGAUUCCAUUCAGAAGAGAAACCAUUUAAAUGCAUGGAGUGUGGAAAGAUGUUUACUAAGAACAGUAUUCUUAUUUCCCAUAAAAUGAUCCACACAGGAGAGAAACCAUUUAAAUGCAUGAUAUGUGGAAAGACCUUUUCUCGAAGAGGUAAUCUUGUUUCCCAUAAGAUGAUCCACACAGGGGAGAAGCCAUAUAAAUGCAUGGAGUGUGGAAAGACAUUUGCUCUGAGUAGUAGACUUACUAGCCACAAAAAGAUCCACACAGGGGAAAAGCCAUAUAAAUGCAUGGAAUGUGGAAAGAGCUUUGCUCAGAAUGGUCAUCUUACUUCUCAUAAAAGGAUCCACACUCGGGAGAAAGUAUAUAGCAAUAUCUUUCUGCUGGAACAAGAGUCAGAAGGCGGAGUGGCUGCGGGAGAGUCUGGCGGAGGGAGAUCCAGACGUGUCCCGGGUGAACUGAGGGCUCUUCCCGUGCAAAAAGAGGCCGAGGAGGGAGAGACCAGCGCCCGGCCCUCCUCCAGCUUCAACCCCGGGUCCCAUGCUCCCCAGCCACCCUCUCCAUGCUGGGGGAAGCGGGGAUGCCUGGAAGGCGGCGGGGAUCCGGGGAUCCCUUCCCGCCUUGUGAAACAGGUCCACAAGGUCGGCCUUGUGGAGGCCCAGCAGGAGAGGAGAAAAGCCGGGCGUGGAGGAGGCAGGAUUCGCACCAGCUCGCCGAAGGCCCCAUCCUGUCUCCCCGAGGGGGAGAGAAGCGGGGCGGCCUCUCCAGCUGCCUCCUUCCCGGUCCUGAGCUGGGAUGAGCUGCUUGGAGCUCCAGGCAGUUGCAAGACAAAAUUUCUUGGGGGGAAAAAGAGCAGAAUAACUUGCAGGGAUCAGUCCUGCAGCACCAGAAAUGAUCCUGUGAAGGAAAAGGCAUCUGGAGACCCAGAAGAGUCCUUGGAGCCAUUUGGAAUUGCUCUGCAGGAAAGAGAAAGGAUGGAGACACAACCUUUUGGAAAGGAGGGAACCGGAAAAGGCCCUUCAGCUGCUCAGCCUGGGAAGCGGGGGAAGCCCUGGACAAGGACUGGGCACAAGAUCCUGGAGGAGGAAACCAUCCUCCCUUCAGGAGUUCAGCCCUGGAAUUUCAUCCAAUACCGGGAGGCUGAGGGUCCCCGAGGACUUUGCAGCCGACUCCAUGACUUUUGCAGGCGAUGGCUGAGACCAGAAAAGCACACCAAAGCCCAGAUGCUGGACCUGGUGGUUCUGGAGCAGCUCCUGUUCCUUCUGCCUCCAGAGAUGGAGGGCUGGGUGCGAGAGUGUGGAGCAGAGACCAGCUCCCAAGUGGUGGCCCUGGCUGAAGGCUUCCUCCUGAGCCAGACAGAGGAGAAGAAGGAGCAGGUUGAAUUGCAGGGCUGCACUGUGGAAAUAAGAGAUCCUGAGGGAAAGAAGAAUCCAUCAAAUCCCCCUCAGGAGCUGUUUUUCAGGAAGUUCCCUUGGGUAGAUCAAAGUCAGGACACUUCAGGAGAGAAACAAAGCAUGAAGUUUUCUGGUUUUUACGAUGGAGCUCAAACAGUAGUUGAACCUCCAAAACAAGAGAGUCUUGUGUCCUUCGAGGAGGUGGCUGUGUAUUUCUCUGAGGAGGAAUGGUCUCAACUGGAUCCUGACCAAAAAGUGCUGCAUUCAGAAGUCAUGCUUGAAAACCAUAGGAACAUGGUCUCUCUAGGUACUAAUGAGCAGAAGAAUCAAGAUUCCUGUGAAUUGUUCCAAGUGAUCAAUGCUAAAGAUGAAAUGGAGAAGUUUGAAAUUCAAAUGGAAUUAGAAAGCCAUGAGAGAAACCAGUCAAAUAAUUGGAAUCAGGAUAGCUCAUCUUCCACUGAUGCUCCGAUGCAAGAUUUUCAUGUCCAACAAGAGAAAAUUAGGAAAGAAUAUAUUGGGAAAAGUAUAAAACAAAAAGUAUUAACCGAAAACAAAGGAGAAGAUGCUAUAAGCCAGAGCGGAAAGAAUUACAAUGGGACAUUGAUUCUUUGUCUUCGAAAUAUCUUCCUUCCAUCUCAAAAAAUGAUUCACACAAAAAAGGAGCCUUAUAAAUGUUUGGAAUCUGGAAAACAUUUUAGAUCAAGCGGGCAACUUACUUUCCAUGAAGGGAUUCACACUGCAAAGAAACAGUGUUCAGAAUCUCCUGUAGCCCAUGCAGCCCAGUCCCUCCAAGCACCAGGAGAGAAAUCCUAUAAAUGCAUGGAGUGUGGGAAAGCCUUUACUUGUAGCAGGGAACUUACUAUCCACGAAAAGUUCCACACAGGAGGGAAACCAUAUAAAUCGACAUCUGGAAAGACCUUUGCUCAGAACAGCGGACUUACUAUGCACAAAAAGAUCCACACAGGGGAAAAGCCAUUUAAAUGCAUAGAGUGUGGAAAGACCUUUGCUCAAAGAGGUAAUCUUAUUUCCCAUAAGAUGAUCCACACAGGGGAGAAGCCAUUUAAAUGCAUGGAGUGUGGAAAGACCUUUGCUCACAGAGGUAAUCUUAUUUCCCAUAAGAUGACCCACACAGGGGAGAAACCAUAUAAAUGCAUGGAGUGUGGAAAGACCUUUGCUCGAAGAGGUCAUCUUAUUUCCCAUAAGAUGAUCCACACAGGGGAGAAGCCGUAUAAAUGCAUGGAGUGCGGAGAAACCUUUACUCGUAAAAGUAGUCUUAUUUCCCAUCAGGUGAUCCACACAGGGGAGAAGCCAUUUAAAUGCGUGCAGUGUGGAAAGACUUUUGCUCAACGCAGUUAUCUUGCUUCCCAUAAAGAGAUCCACACAGGAGAGAAACCAUUUAAAUGCAUGAUAUGUGGAAAGACCUUUUCUCGAAAAGGUAAUCUUGUUUCCCAUAAGAUGAUCCACACAGGGGAGAAGCCAUAUAAAUGCAUGGAGUGUGGAAAGACAUUUGCUCUGAGUAGUAGACUUACUAUCCACAAAAAGAUCCACACGGGGGAAAAGCCAUUUGAAUGCAUGGAAUGUGGAAAGACCUUUGCUCAACGCAGUUAUCUUGCUUCCCAUAAGAUGAUCCACACAGGGGAAAAGCCAUUUGAAUGCAUGGAAUGUGGAAAGACCUUUGCUCAACGCAGUUAUCUUGGUUCCCAUAAAAAGAUCCACACAGGGGAGAAGCCAUAUAAAUGCAUGGAAUGUGGAAAGAGCUUUGUUCAGAAUGGUAAUCUUACUUCUCAUAAAAGGAUCCACACUCGGGAGAAAGUAUAUAGCAAUAGCAAUUUACUUUAGACUUCUAUACUACUCCACAAUGCUUUACAGCACUGUCUAAGCAGUUUACAAACUCAGCAUAUCUGGGUCCAGGAAUCUGGGUCCUCUUUUUACUGACCUAACAAGGAUGAAAGGCUGAAUCCACCAUGAGCCGGUCAGGAUCGAAUUCCUGGCUGUGGGCAAUUAGCUUCUGGUACUGAAUUCUAACCUCUGAUCCACCAUGUCUAUAGAUUUUUAUGUAUAUGCCUUUUGUGCCUUUCUGAUCCAAAUGAGACAAGAUUGAAUCCAAGAAGGUGAAAUUUAAUGUGGAGAAAAGUAAGGUUUUAUACCUAGGUGGGAAAAACAGAUUACAAUGAAACCUGGCUCAAAUACAGUAACUGUGAGAGGGACCUUAGGAGUCCUAAUGGACUCUCUUAAACAUGAGUUACCUGUGUGCGGCGGCAGCCAAAAAAGCUAAGACAAUCCUUGGUUGUAUACACAGAGGCACAGAAUCAAAAUCACAUGAAGUAUUAGUACCAUUUUAUACAGCCUUAGUAAGACCACACUUGGAAUACUGCAUCCAGUUUUGGACAUUAUGAGUAACUAAGAUGAUUAAAGGUCUGAAGACUAAAACAGAUGAAGAACUGUUGCAGGAUUUCGGUUGGGUAGUCUAGUAUCCUUAUGAUUUAUAUUGAUAUUGUUUCCUAAUUGCUUAUUUGUACUCUAUGAUUAUCAUUAAGUGUUCUAAGUGUUGUACCUUGAUGAAAGUAUCUUUUAUGUACACUGAGAGCAUAUGCACCAAGACAAAUUCCUUGUGUGUCCAAUCACGCUUGGCCAAUAAAAAUUCUAUUUUAUUCUAG